UUUACGGAAGUGUUUCGGAAGUGGAAUUUACAGCCCAGAGUCACAUGAAACAUUUAACAGCAAUUGUGUUUUACCGAGCAAUUUCUGCGUUUUGUGCAGAAAACAGUGUAACAGUCUAACUCCAGUCUGCAUUAAAGUGUGCAGGUUUUCUUAAAACUCUAACAUGGACGAGGACGGGCUGCCGAUAGUGGGGUCUGGGGUUGAUCUCACCAAGGUUCCUGCUAUUCAACAAAGAAGAAUUGUUGCUUAUCUCAAUCAAUUUAUUGUCCACACAGUUCGAUUCCUUAACCGCUUUUCUACAGUCUGUGAGGAGAAACUAGCAAACAUAUCUUUGCGCAUACAGCAGAUUGAAACUACUUUGUGCAUUUUGGAGGCCAAGUUGUCUUCCAUUCCUGGACUGGAGGACGUCACAGUAGAUGGGGUCAGUCAGCAUCAGACUGCUCAGGCCAAUGGGCCCACUGUCAGUCAGAAUCAAACAGACAGUCCAGCAGUGGGAAACCUACCAACCCCAGAGCCUGUUCAGAAUGAGUCAGAAUCUGCAAAAGGGGAGAAAGCAGAAGCAGAGGCAGUUUCAGCUGCAGAGAAUGUUAUGACUGUGGCCAAGGACCCACGGUACGCCCGUUACCUGAAAAUGGUUCAAGUGGGGGUCCCAGUUAUGGCCAUUAGGAAUAAAAUGGUCAUGGAGGGUUUAGAUCCCAACUUGCUUGAUACGCCUGAUGCCCCUGUGCCUGAUGGAGGAACAGGAAGUGCAGAGCGUCAAGAGGAUGACGCCAACACCUCUGACAGUGAAUCAUCUUUUAGUGACUGAUAUCUGUCCUUUCUCUUGUUUGAGUCAAACCUUCCUGUAAAGGCCAUUCAUCUACAACUGCACUACCACAGGCUUGUGCAAGACACUAGCAGAAGGUUAAAGAAGAGUAGAAUAUGUCAAACUACAACUAUGUGCCUGAAACAGGAAAAUCUAACCAAUGAUUGUAAUUUCAGUGUGAUUGAGCUGGAAUCAUUUUUCCAUUGGUCCAUUAGUGACUGAGUUCAUUCUCAUACACUGUUGACAUUUUUGAAAAGCAGGUAAUUCUUUUUCUCAGUUGAUUUUCUAAGAAUUUGUCAUAAGUGCAUGGUAUGUAGCAAGUAUUAUUUUCUACAAAUCUUAUCUUUUAGUAGUAGUUUCACCUACAAUGCCUUCAACACACACUGGUCAACAAAACAUCUUCAUGUCAUUGUCUAAUUGUGCAUGUUUAAUACUUUCUGAGACGGAAUUAAUUAUAUGUUACUUGGAGAACAGUUAAGUCGUCUGCUUUUAGUAUCAGUAUUGGAAAGGAAAUCUUGACUUCAAAGUAAUCUGGUCGUUCUUAGAUACAUUACUGUUUUUUCAUGAAGUACUCAGACCUUUUAGGUUUUCCAUAUUUAACAUUUUAGCAGUUUCGUUGAAAAAGGAGCUGCAGGAUGUUCUUUGUUUUUUUUUAAGAAAAACAAAAACCCCAUCAUAUAUCACAAUUGAAAGCAAAAGUAACAAACAGUUUUGUUCCUAUGUAAUGUGUCUGCUGCUCAAGUGGAUUUAUUGAGGUUUCAUGAUUGGGUAAUAAUGACAUGUCUUCCACUUUUCACAACAUCGUAUAAAAUACACUGUCAUCGCUUUUCAGAAAAUGUUAUGUAAGUGUUGAUUAUGUUGUUUGUACUACAUUUAAAUACAUCCAACUUCAUUACUUAGAACAAUGAAUAUGAUUCUAAAAGAGAAAGAAUAGAAAAAACAAUGAUAAUAGUAUUUAAUGAUUUAAAAAAAGUUUGAUUUUAUUUCUAUGGAUAUUACACUAUAAGUACUGUGAAAAAAGCAAAUGUAGAGGAAAGCACUUUUUUUUCUUAACAUGAAAAUCUGCCUGUUUGCCUGUAAUAAACACUCAUACAGAUUACUUUGAAAAGGUACAUCUUUAUUUUUCAGUACAGCAGCGUAUCAGAAUCUAUACAGUAUAGUUUGUAAAAAGAUAAACAGUACUGAGACAAAGUGAGUAAAAACA